GAGAGAGAGAGAGAGAGAAACAACCCCAGCGCUUCAGUUCGCGUCCGUUUACGUGAUGACGUCAAGGCGUUUUUACGCGUUAACUUUUUAUUUGUUUGACUUUUUUUAAAGAGCUGCUCUCAAAAACUACGCUUUUAAAGUGUGACGCGAGGCUUUUUAAAAAAGGGGGCGGAUAUAAAUAUGUACCUCGUGAACACAUGCAAUAUUAUACAAUUAUAGUUCAUAGUUUAUAUUUUGUAUUGCAAAGCUUACUGGGCCCAGCGUAACCGACAUUAUUUAACUGUUUAAGGUUAAUUGUUUCAUGUUUUCCUUUCACGAUGCCGACAAAUUCCAUUUGUACUGUACUUUCUGAUUUCUUUUCCUAUGUAUUUUACCUUUAUCAUUUAUUUAAUAAUACUCAGAACUGAAAACGUGUUUUAAGGGCCGUACUUUAAUUAAUUGUACAUACUAUAGUGUACGUUAAUAACCCCUUAAAAUGUCCCUAUAUCGGCUUACAACUACAGUACAGUGUGUAUUAAGCCAUUUAUUAAUACACACAUAUAACUACAUAUCAUACAGGUAAUGGUGAUCAACAGGCUGCAUUACUUCCAUAUUGGAAUUCAACAACUGUCAUGUGACCUAGCUCGUGACGUAUGCGGAAGUAGUUGCCAAAACACAAACGAUUCAUGCCCCCACAGAACAUUGAAGAAAUGUCUAUUUUUCCAAGGAUUUCACUGAAGCCUGAAGUCACUGAUUAUCUCCGGAGUGUCUUCUUAAACAAGGAGGUGUUAGCUGCAGUCGGCCAUCAGGAGGCAGAAUGUCGUUUCCAGAAGCUGCUCACAUGUCUGUCUCACCCCCCCUCGCACACUUGUGUUCGGGCCAGUACUCAUCUCGCUCCCCUGGAAGAGAUCCGACACAAGUUGGGAGAAGAGCUGAACAAGCAGAUGUGCAGCUCAUCAGCAGAGGAGGUCUCCGUUCAGAUUCUUCCUCACCCGCGAAUUCCAGAUGUGCUUCUCCUUCCCGUCGAUGGCCCGAGACCUGUGAAACAGCUCAGCUCGGAGGUGGUGGUCGGCGCUCAGUGCGGCAGCGCCGUGCUGAGAGGCGCUCACGUCUUCGUCCCGGGGAUCGUCGCCAGCCCCAAGUACAUGAAGGCAGGAGACGCGGUGUCCGUCCUCUCUGACUUGGAGGGUCGGUGCACCCGAGGAGCCACGAGCUUCCAGGGAAACCGAGUGUUUGUGGGAAACGGAGUCGCUCAAAUAGACCGCUCCAGCAUCUUCUGCACAGCUGAACCGGCCAAAGGAAUAGGUGUUCGGAUGGUGGAGCCCCUUUACCAGAGUCCUUCCUUCGACGGUGUGCUCCCCAACAUGGCAUUCCUCCAGAACCUUCCCUCUGUCGUCGUGGGACACGUUCUCGGGCCUCGUCCUGGAGAACGGAUCCUGGACAUGUGCGCUGCACCCGGAGGGAAGACCUGCCACAUCGCUGCACUCAUGAGGGAUCAGGGCGAGGUCGUGGCUCUGGAGCGGAUCCGAAAUAAGAUCGAUCGAAUCCGUCAAAAUGCCCAAAUGUUGCAUUUACGUUCAAUCAAAGUUUAUUGCUUUAACAGCACUCGCGCUGUGAGCAGCAGCCCGACGCAGGGAGCCGAAGGACCUCCCUUCCCUCCUGAAAGCUUUGACCGGGUUCUUCUGGACGCCCCCUGUAGCGGACUGGGACAGAGACCCAUCAUGUCCUGCACCUGGAGCCUCAGGGAGAUCUGCUCCUACCAGCCGCUGCAGCGCAAGUUGUUCCACGCUGCAGUGCGGCUGCUGAAGAGAGGCGGGGUUCUAGUGUACAGCACCUGCACAGUCACGCUGGCGGAGAACGAGGAGCAGAUAGCCUGGGCCCUCGAGACCUUCCCCUGCCUCACGCUGCAGCCUCAGGAGCCUCACAUCGGCGCACAGGGCAUGCUGGGAGCCGGCCUGUCACCUAAGCAGCUGCGCCUCCUCCAGAGGUUCAGUCCUGAGCUGAGCUGGGACCAGACAGGAACGGCGGACCCCCCCCUCCCCUGCAGAGCCGACGUGGACACCAUCGGCUUUUUCAUCGCCAAGUUCCUGAAGAACUGACCGGAGGGCACGUUUUUUCCCCCCGCUUUCAGCGACAUCGGCUCUCACACGAGCCUGCAGAUGGGAACCAUGGUGUUUAUGUUACAACACUUUGUGUGCUUCGACGGGGCGGUGUUGACAAAGACGCUCUCUGUGCUGUUUACAGCAUCUGCCUCUUAACAGCUGCCCUCUGAAACUGCAGGGCCAUGUAGGGAUAAGCUUUAUAAACACCGAGGGCCGGGGAGGGGAAGGGAGGGCGGCACGUGGGGAUGGGAGUCUGAAUGAGUAUUGGGCAAAUGCAGCAGCGCUCGCAUCGCCAUAACAACGGUGACGACACAGCUGCCACGGGGACGGUGGAGUCGCUGGAUGUCAGACAUCAGGAAGUAGCGUGCAGAAAGAGGUCGCGAGAGGUUUUAACAAUUGAGUGUGUUUUUAGUAGCGGCACCUCUCACUAAGACUUCUUUACGCCGCGUGUGGUCCAUCCACCAAUAAAAUGUCCUUCCCCGUC